AUGACAAUAUUUCGGGGCGAGCUGGGUGGGUGGUUUCUGGUGAUGUUUGUUUGCCUGCUCGUGGGCAAGGUUUGGGGAUGGAUCGGCGAAGGUCGCGUGGAAUACUUGGAACAGCAGCCACCGGCUAAUCCUCGCCUGUUCCAUAUCCGGAUGGCUGCCUCGUUGCUCAUCUCGGUCCUCUUCAGUGCCUUCAUGCUGAGAUAUUGCAUAACCACCGUCCUUGAGCAGGCGCGCCCGGAUAUGAUGGUCAUGUUCGGCUUUGAGUUUGCCAUUCUCACGAUUCUGUCCAGCUCCACCGCAGCUAGAUACUCGAUAUCUCUGGUGGAGAUUUACAUUACCCACCAGCAGACGAAAGCAAAGCUCGAGGAGCGCCGUCAAGAGAUCCGAGCGGCUAGAGAGGAGGCGAUCCAGGAACAUGCGCGCAGGGGUGAAACCGCGCCCCCCGCUGAUCUUCCGGAUGAGAACGACGUUAAUGAGAUGGAACUAGACGUUCCCGGCUGGGAGGAAAAGAGCCGAUGGAUCUUCUAUCUGGAUCUUGUCACCGAUUUCUUGAAGUUGACCGUGUACCUGAGUUUCUUUGCCAUCCUCUUCACCUUCUACGGAUUGCCGAUUCACAUCUUGCGCGACGUCGUGGUUACCAUUCGCUCUUUCGGCCGACGGAUCAUAGACUUCGUUCGUUUCCGAAAUGCCACCCGUGACAUGAACGAGAGAUACCCCGACGCCACCGCCGAAGAAGUUGCAAGAGAGGAAGUUUGCAUUAUUUGUCGCGAGGAGAUGACACAUUGGCAACAGCCUGCUCACGGGCAGCCGCUGCGAGCGCGAGUUUCAGAUCGUCUCCGGCCGAAAAAGCUUCCAUGUGGCCACAUCUUGCAUUUUGCCUGUCUCCGAAGUUGGCUGGAAAGACAGCAAAACUGUCCUACGUGCCGUCGUCCGGUGAUCGCACCUCCCCGCCCUCGCGGAGACGCAGGGAACGUGGCGAACAAUGCACAGGGCAACGCGGGCGCUGGCGGCCAACAGAACUUCGCCGGUGGGAACCAAGCUCUCGGGAGGAACGCCGAUGGUUUGCCCAGGGCCCGUGUAUAUCAGUUUGGACCCUUUCGGAUUGGGUUCGGCGCCGGCCGAGGCGAUCUUUUUCACAAUCUCCAACAACAGAUCCACCAAGGAAACGUUCCACCGCAACCAGCAAACAACGCCAACAUCCCGGGCCCUCAACACAUCGGCUUUGGGUUCGGGUUCGGGCGGCCUCAACAAGCUGAGGCGCACCCUCCUGCACCUAACGCUACUAUUACCGGCGUUCCUGACAUGCGGAAUCAAUUGCAGCAGAUGGAGCAGCAGAUCAUGCAGGAAAUUCAUGACCUCCGUGUCACCGCAGACCAGCUCAGUGUAGUACGACAGUUACAGACAGAAUUGCAGAGACUUCGAACUCUACAGAGCAACCCCACAGAACCUCUGACCAACGUAUUCACCAACCCCUCGGUUCCUCCCACAUCAACCGCACCGUCGUCGAUCUUCGCACGCCACCAUUACAUCGCGGACAACCCUGUCCCGACUUUGGCUGCAGACGAUUCUCAACUCCCGGAAGGACUUACCCUCCCACAGGGGUGGUCCCUUGUUCCUCUGCAAUCCACGACACAUGGGCCUCCAGGGGCCACCAGCUCGAGCGCAAGCCCGGCGGUUCCGGCGUUGACAUCGCCAGCGCAGACGACGGAUCAUGCGUCCAUGCCCCAUGCUGCUACAGAAACUCAUGUUGAGAACGAAGACCAGAACCAUGGGGAUACUACUGCGUCUGUGUCUGCUUCCCAAGGGUUACCGGACUGGGGACGUGACGGGGCCGAAUCGCCCUCUCAGCAAUGGACCGACGUGGCUUCGGAGACACAACCCGAGAAAGAUGGAUCGUCUUCCACACACGCUGAGGAGCGAGAGAACGAGGACGGUCAGUCGACGUCAUCCAAGGGGAAGGCAAGAGCAGCGACUGUAGAAGAUGCAGUGGACGAUGAGAGCUGA